AUGGAUUUCAGCUGUCCUUUUACUCUCCAGUGCUUGCUGGUGAUAACAACUGUUACGCAUGGCUCUGUCACCCGGACCGGUGUGCUCAGCGGUGGCUCAGCAGUCUUUUCUGUGGGAAUUCAAAGUCUGCAGAACCUCUCCAAAAUGAGCAAGAGGGAUGUGAGAUGCUUGACAGCUGUCUUAAAUGAUACUUUGUUGGCCAAGUGCGGCACUUCUGCUGGCAGAUGCCUGAACUUGCAGAAUGGCUCCCUAGUGCUGAGGAGUGUGGAGAAAGAGGACGAAGGAAAAUAUGAGUUUGUUUUUCACAACACCACCAGAUUUUUUACACUGGAAGUAUUUGAGCUGGCCGUUGGUAUCCAGUGCUUCCCUAAUGGGACUGGAGAGUUGUCCUGCAACGUGACCAGCAACGAGAGCACCAGCUUUCGGUGGCUGCUGAAUGGCAUCAAGCUGAGUGCCCCUGAGGCUUGCAUUAAGGAUGGUGAGAAGGAGGUUUGCCUGGACAAAACCGUGCCUGGGGAAUUUGUGUGUAAGUUUUACCAUGGGAACAGCGUCACGAGGACCAGGCCCGUUGUGCUGUCUUGCAGCUAUGGAGACCUGCUGCAAUACCCGUGGUUCAUUUACAUCCUGGCAGGGUGCGCAGGGGGUGCGGUUAUCCUGGUGGUGGUUGUGUCCUCAGUCAUAUGUUGCUGCAUGAAGAGGAAACACAAGUUCAUCCCGGUGCCUUCAGAGGAGGAGAAGGAUGACGGACUAACAAUGUCCGUGGUCUCCAGUGAAGGUGUGAAGAGCCCCCCCAACGGAGACCCUGUUGAGGCUCAAGCUGCCCAAAUCGACUGCCCUCCAAAGCCUGACACUGCCCGGACUGGUCAAGGCAUUGAGCCCCAGCUGCUAGUGGAAGAAAACUUACCAGUGGAGAUAGAGCCUGAGGAAAUGCCAGACCCAGAGGUCAUAGUUGAUGUGGAAAGCCAGGAAAAUGCCUCGGACUGUUUCCCGGAUCCGACUGAUGACUGA